AUGGAUUACUCCACUAUCAGUAACAAGACCAAUUAUACAGAGGCUGAAGAACUUACAAAUGGUGAACUGAGUGAACGGUAUUAUUUGCUAAAGAAACAAUACGACAAUCUUUCGAGUAGUUAUGAAGCGACCAAACAAGAGCUACACGAUGCUAGGAGAAGCUACCAAACAGCUUUGGACGUUCAAAGGCACUUGAAUGCUGAGUUAGAAAGUUACCAGGCUGAUGAAGGUCGGCGUAAGAAUGAGUUCACUACUCGUAUAACAAACCUUCAAGAAGAAAUCUCGGAGCUAAAAGAAGAACGUACACAACUAACCGAACAACAUGCAGCAGAAAUUACUAAGUUUGAAACUCAGAUUCGUAAUUUGAAAGAAGAACAAUCUUUAAAAGUACGAGAAAGUCCGGAGCGAGAUAAUUCUGAGUUAGAAGACGCGCGGAAAACUGUAAACAGCGCUCUGUCUGAUGCCGCUGCCGCGAAAGCAGCGCUUGAAGAAGCCAAAAUGGAAAUCGCAUCAUGGCGCUUAAAAGCUGAAGAGUUAAUCUCUGAGAUGGGCGAGAUGCGUGCGGCUGCUGACCUUAGGAGAGAGGAGCUUAGGGCUGCUAAUGAGAGGGAAGCUACAGCACUUGCUGAGUUAGCUGAAGCCAAAGCUAUGCUUCAUCAGUGCACAGAUAUUCAGCAGGAACUACAACCUCAUGCUGCUAAAGGUAAUUCCAUUUUUGCUGAAGUUGAAGACAAAAGGCAGGAAAUGGCAAAGAAUCUCAUUCAGAUGAAACAAACAAACUCUAGGCUGAGAAGAGAGCUAGCAAACAAGCAAGCAGAGGUGGAUGCCUUGCUGCAUGAGAAGCAAACAGUCUGGGAACAGCAGGCCGGAGCUGCAGCUCAUUAUGAUAGAGAACUUAUCGAAAGUUACGAAGAACGUAUCACUCAGCUAGAGGGCGCCUGUGAGAAGCAGCGCCGCGAGCUGUCGCGGUGGUUCGGGAAACUAUGUGAACCUACUGCCAAUGGCUGGCUGCCUGGGGUACUGGACCACUUGAAAUCAGAAUGCGAGCAACUAAGAGCCGAGGUACUAUCGCGGGGCGCAGCACAGCUCGCCAGCGCGGCGCAAGUCAGGGAACUUCGUAGGAAACUGGCACUGCUCACUGCAUCUGCCACCAAGCAGGCAAACUCCCCCGCAAACAAACCUGACCCUAACACAGAUCACAAUAAGACUGAUAUUGGUAUGCCUAAAGUUGCUGUUCAAGUUAGAAGUAAACUCACCCCUGAUGAUGUUAAGAAGAAAGUGUCUUUUAAUUAA